UCCUCAUCAGCGCCGUUAACUGGUCCUACGGUCCCUCCUUCCCACAUGGAGCGGAACCACGCAGCACCACGUGACCCGGGCUCCCUGGACUGAGCCCCUCACACCGCAUCAUGGCUGCGGAGGAUGCGGCCGCGCGGUACCGACGCGGAACCCCGCUGUCUGCCCGGGCUCCGCUCUCUCCGCUCCGCCUGCUGCUCCUCUGCUCGCUGCUUCCCGCUCCAUCGCUCGGUCUGCUCGGCUUUCGGCCGGAGGAGACCGGGGCGGAGCUGUCCGUGGAGGACGGGGUGCUGAAAGCCACCGAGGGAACCCGCUUCAUGUUGCGGGUCUACUACUCCAGCUCCCCGCAGAGGCUCAACCGCACCGCGGGGAAACGCGCCAAUAAUGCCGCGCCCUGGAUCGCCUUCAUCGAGGAGCCAACUCCGGGCCGAGAGGGACAAGUUCACCCGAAGCGGAAUAUGUGCAUGGACAAGAACGCCAGGACGUCCGACAUCGAGGUUUUAGGCUCUUUCAAGUCUGCUUCCAGUCAGAACUCGGUGCUGGUGGAACUGCUGGCCAAAGACCUGCGGAGGGGAGAGAAGAUCAAAUACUACUCCAUGUGCGCCUUCGACGGAUCCAAAUGGGAACAUUACCGGACCAGGGACUUCUGGGUGGCCGUGACUGAGCGCUCAGCGGUGCCGGAGCUCUGGCUGCAGGUGUUGGUCUCAGUGCUCCUGCUCGGGCUGUCAGCUCUGUUCAGCGGACUCAACCUGAGCCUGCUGGCCCUGGACCCGGUGGAGCUGCAGGUUCUCCAGAACAGCGGCACUGACACGGAGCAGAACUACGCGCGGAAAAUCGAGUCCGUGCGUCGGCAUGGCAACUACGUCCUGUGCACUUUACUGCUGGGGAACGCGAUCAUCAACGCCUCUCUGGCCGUGUGGAUGUGCCAGAUCCUGGGCAUGACCUGGCUCUCUACGGUCAUCUGCGCCUUCGGCAUCUUCUUCAUCGGGGAGAUCCUUCCUCACUCGGUGGCGUCACGUCACGGUCUGGCCAUCGCUUCCAAAACCAUCUGGGUGACGCGACUGCUGAUGGUGCUCUCCUUCCCCAUCUCCUACCCCAUCAGCAAGCUGCUGGACCUCAUCCUCAACCAGGAGAUCUCCAACUUCUACACCAGAGAGAAGCUCCUGGAGAUGCUGCGCGUCACCGACCCGUACCACGACCUGGUCAAAGAGGAGCUCAACAUCAUCCAGGGAGCGCUGGAGCUGCGAACCAAAACCGUGGAGGACGUCCUGACGCCGCUCACCGACUGCUUCAUGCUGGCCUCGGACGUGGUACUGGACUUCAACACCAUGUCUGAGAUCAUGCAGAGCGGAUACACGAGGAUACCAGUGUUUGAGAACGAGAGGUCCAACAUCGUGGACAUCCUGUUCGUCAAGGACCUGGCGUUCGUGGACCCGGACGACUGCACGCCGCUGAAGACCAUCACCCAGUUCUACAAACACCCGCUGCACUGCGUCUUCAACGACACCAAGCUGGAUGCCAUGCUGGAGGAGUUCAAGAAAGGGAAGUCCCACCUCGCCAUCGUGCAGCGUGUGAACAACGAGGGCGAAGGCGAUCCUUUCUACGAGGUGAUGGGCAUCGUCACCCUGGAGGACGUCAUCGAGGAGAUCAUCAAGUCAGAGAUCCUGGAUGAGACAGACCUCUACACUGAUAAUCGUACGAAGCGACGCGUUUCUCACCACGAGCGAAAGCAGCAGGACUUCUCCAUCUUCAAACUGUCAGAGAACGAGAUGAAAGUAAAGAUUUCCCCUCAGCUGCUCCUGGCCACACACCGCUUCCUCUCCACAGAGGUGGAGCCCUUCAAACCGGCUCACAUCUCAGAGAAGAUCCUGCUGAGGCUCAUCAAACACCCCAGUGUGGUUCAGGAGCUCAAGUUUGACGAGAGGAACAAGCGAGCGACACAACACUUCCUGUUCCAACGCAACAAACCCGUGGACUACUUCAUCCUGGUGCUGCAGGGUCGAGUUGAGGUGGAGUUUGGUAAGGAGGCACUGAAGUUUGAGAACGGAGCUUUUUCUUACUUUGGGGUUCCUGCCAUCAUGCCAACAGUCCACAGAUCCCCGUCUCGCAGCAGUGGUUUGGACCGCUCUGAGUCCAUGCUGUACGGAGGAAGCAUGAGCCAGCUGAACGGAGGGGGGAACGUCUACCUGCCGGACUACUCUGUCAGACAGCUCACACACCUUCAGAUCAUCAAGAUCACCCGCAGCCACUACCAGAACGCAGUGACAGCCACCCGGAUGGACAGCUCUCCUCAGACUCCCGAUGCCGACACUCGUCUGACGGAAGGAAACAGUCCAACCCCGGAGCCUCCAGCCACACUGAUGCCCCCAGACCACAGCACCACCACCACCACCACCACCACCCUCAUGCCCCCGCCCAGAGAGCCCAGCCGGCCCAGCUCAGCCCGAACCCGAGGACAGCAGUCCAGUGUCCCACACAGCACCUCACUGCUGAACGAGAAGAACCGCAUCGUCCGCAGUAAGUCGGACGGCCAGAAGAGUCCCAGUGAUUCGGUGUUUCUCCGGAUGGAUGAGAUUCCCUACAUCAGAGAGGACAGAUCUGAGACCGAGGCCCACGCUGAUGUGGCCUCCGUUCCCAUAGAAACGGACACAUCCCCUUUCAUCAGCAGCCUGUCGCUGAGUGGUUCAGAGGACACACUGGGGAAGAAACUGCUACUCAAACUCAGCCACAAGAAGAGGAAAAAAUCUCGCGAAGGAGAGAAGACACCCGAGGACAUUUCAGAGCAGCCGCUGGUGCAAACCUAGCAGAGAGUGAGAAACGGACCUGAACACUCCAUCGUCUGAUGGUUCUUUAAGCUGUUUGUAAAGACGACGUGGUUGCAGAACUAUCAGAGUUUUAUCUGAAAACACACUCCACACGACCAUGAAGUGGAGCCGCUACCGGGAAUGUUCUGCACAUGUGGACGAAGGACACAAAUUCACCAGAAAACACAAGGAGCGGCUUUGGUAAUAUGCAUUAAAGCAACCUUUUCUAUGCUUCCUUAUGCCUCUCCCUCUUGAUUCACAACUGCAGAAAAAAAAACCCUAUAAACACAUUUUAGCUUAAAAAGAAAAGCAAUGUGCAUCAGACUGUAGUUUCUCAUCAUCUCUGCUCGUAUAUAAAGGAAUGACUGUGAAUGUAAAACAUUUGUAGAACACAAAUAAGAGUUUUUUAUACACUACUUACAUGUGAUCACGUCUCCAAUGGAGCAAAAGGGAACGAUGACACACAGGAAACAGAAGGAAGACGCCAAAGAUGUGCUGCUUUGUACGUACUGCUCCAAAAUGCACAGGACAAACCAAGGUACACCACUCCAUUUGUGUUGCCUGAUUACUACUUGGUACAAACUAAUUACUCUGUCAAGCAACACGGCAGAGUUAUGUGACAUUCAGCGUUGGUUUGUCCGUCUGUCUGUUAGCAACAUUACUCAAAAACAGAAUAACGGAUUUGGAUGAAAUUUUCGGGGAAGGUCAGAAAUGACACAAGGACCAAGUGAUUAGAUUUUGGCAGUGAUGAAGCUUAUAGUCUGGAUCCACGGAUUUGUUAUAGAUUUCAGUAUCAUUGCGAGAUAGCAGCACAACGUCACUGUAACCAUGACAACUGAACGCUACGUCAGCUGCCUGCUGACGAUCGCAUGAUUGUGAUCCUACUACAAAUCCACCGCUGUGGACUUAUGAGGAUUUAUCGGUCAGAAAUGAUACAAGGAACAAUUGAUUAAAUUGUGGGUGUGUUUGUGAGUCCCAUCAAUUCCCACCUCCGGCUACGUACAGUUGCAAGAAAAAGUAUGUGAACCCUUUGGGAUUACUUGGACUUCUGCAUAAAUUGGUCAUGAAAUGUGUUCUGACCUUCAUCUAAGUCACAACAAUAGACAAACAUAGUCUGCUUAAACGAAUACCACACAAAAAAUGACAUGUUUUCAUGUUUUUCUUUAACACAACUUGUAAACAUUCACAGCGAAGGUGGGAAAGCAUGUGAACCUCUGGAUUUAAUAACUGGUUGACCCUCCUUCGGCAUCAAUAACUUCAACUAAACAUUUCCUGUAGGUGCAGAUCAGACAAUGACAACGAUCAGGAGGAAUGUUAGACCAUUCCUCUUUACAAAAAUGUUUCUGUUCGGCAGUAUUCUUGGGAUGUCUGGUGUGACUCGUGAUUAAGAUCCCACAGCCUCUCAAUUGGGUUGAGGUCAGAACACAUUUUAUGACCAAUUUAUGCAGAAAUCCAAAUAAUCCCAAAGGGUUCACAUAAUUUUUCUUGCAACUGUAUUUAGGUCAUAAAAAAAUGCUACAUUUCUGACAAUGCCAUAUGGGGGAAUGAACAGCCUUGGUGGAGUACUGCACUCUCUGAGUGCUUUUCUUGUUAGAUCUAUAGUCUGUAAUGUAGAAACAUGAUCUUUUUAUGUUGUUUUUUAAAUCAACAGAAAAGUAUUUCAUAUUUAGAUUGGCUUUGAAUGUCUUUUACAGAUUUCUUCAAAAUGCAGAUGGACACAUUUUUCACUCAAGUACAAAAUAUGGCCAAAAAUAUGUGGACAUGCUGGGAAAUCUUAAGCAGAGUGGUAAUCUUUUCAACAACAGUGUGCUUCUAACCCAGUGACACAUGCUCAUAGCCACAUCCUUUAAAGCUACUUAGUAUCUGGGCUUUUGGAAGAAUAACAGAUUCAGCUGUUAACCAAGUGUUUUUGGUUGUGGAGUAAACUUUCUGAGUUUAAUGAGGUUAUUAUAAUCAGAGCUGUCAGCCUCCUGUUUAUGGAUCUCCAUACAUUUAUUUCCAGAAAAUCAUCUGUCAAAAGUGAAGUGCAGACGCAUUGAAAGAACAAUUACACCACCGUUCUAAAGUUUGGGGUCACACAGACAAUUUCAUGUUUUCAGUGUAAACUUCACACUUUUAUUCAUAUGCUAACAUAACUGCACAAGGGUUUUCUAAUCAUCAGUGAGCCUUUCAACACCAUUAGCUAACACAAUGUAGCAUUAGAACACAGGAGUGAUGGUUGCUGGAAAUGUUCCUCUGUACCUCUAUGGAGAUAUUCCAUUAAAAAUCAGUCAUUUCCAUCUAGAAUAGUCAUUUACCACAUUAACAAUGUCGAGACUGGAUUUAUGAUUCUUUUAAUAUUAUCUUCAUUGGAGAAAAAGCUUCUCUUUUAAAAGCAAGGACAUUUCUAAGUGACCCCAAACUUUUAAAUGGACUCGUGUAAAUAUAUAUAAUAGUUUAUGUUCAGCUUUGUUAACAUUAGAGCUGUAUCUACUGGCAAGAAAGUGAAAUGUUUGAACUACUCUUUUAACUUGACGUGUCUCUGAACAGCUCUGUAAUGAGGUUGGUUCACUGGAUUCAUUCACAAUCACAGAACAAGAACAGCUUCUGCCACAUAUUGCUUCAUUUUCGUGACAACUUUGAAUCAUUCUGUUGCUUAUUCGGCUGAAUUCUCCGUAUUUAUCCAGGAAUUCUGCGCAGUUUGUUUUAUUUCCACAAAUAUGAAUUGAUUAGCCUUUUAUACCUCAUAAAAAUGUUUCUACUAUUGUUUCUUUUGUUUACAUUUGCAAAGAAUAUCAGGCUUUGGCUGGAGCUCACUGUCUGCACACAGAUUUUAAAGACUUGAGCUUUCAUUUCACCUCAGAAUAAUUCUUCCCAUGAUUUCCUACCACUGAACCUCUUUAAAUAAUAAUCACUUGAGCUGCACUUUCCAUAUUAGAGCCAUUUUCAAUUAUAAAUGAAUCUCAUUAUUUUAGUUUUUGAUUUAUUUAGUGGAGGUGAAAUGGAAGUGAGCUUCUGGCUGCAGAACACAGGAUCUCUUCUCUCAUAUAUGACAGGAUAUAUGACAUUGGGUUUAUGAAAUCCGCACCAUUUACAUCAUCUAACUGAACCUCUUUAGAUUCCCUGACUCAAUAUAUCAACAUGUAAGCAGAUGAUGUGGUCCUGUUCUACUUCUAAUAAUAAUUAAUUGAUCUGAAAUCUUACUACAUUUGUUAUUAUCUAAAUUAAGCUUGGUUUUUUUGUUUCUACAAAAAUGGGAGACAAAGGGCGUUAGAAAGUGAAUCCAGUGUCGCUAAUUGCUGUUUGCAGUGUGUAUAUUCUUUGCCUCCUGUCUGCAUGGAGCUGAAUGUGAAUUUAAGGGUUAUUUUGUGAAGAUUUUGAAUGUCCUCUAACAUAAUAUGAUUCUAUGUAACAUGAUGUAAAGAUACUGAUUUAAAUUUCACUACCCACCUUUUGUAUAGGAGCAAUACUGAAAGCACCUGAUGCCAUAGACCUUCUGGAAAAAGUCAUAUCACUGGACCACCUGUAGGCUGCUGUGGUUCGACUUACAGUGGUGGAAAAAAGUUCUCAGCAUUGUCGGAAUCAAAGUCAACAAACAACAGAGAAUAUGUUCAAAACUGAACAGAAAAUAAAUAAACCAUCAAAUUCAUCAUUAGUAGAGCUGCAUUAGCACACAGUACAGCUUUAAUCCUGGCUGCCGUGUUCCCUAUAGGUCUUUCACACUAUUUAGCGGUAAUCUUGUCACAUUCUACUUGAAUUACUGCUUUCAGUUCUUCUAAAUUCUUCGGUUUACGCUUUGAAACAGACCUUUUGAUAAUCCACCACAGAUUUUCAAUGGGGCUCAUGUCAGCGGAUUGAGCUGGCCUCUCUAAGACCGUGGAUACUCCUGCAGCCAAGUUCUACUGGCCCUGGAUGUGUUCAAGGGGCAUUAUUUUUUGAGACAUCCAGUUUUGAUCUCAACAGCAGCAUGUGGUUUGGAGAAUGUCACAUUACUUCACAGAGUUCAAUGUUCCAUCACAGACAGUGAGAUGACCAACACCAGCAGCACUCAGGCAUCUCCAAACCAUGAUACUGCCUCCACCAUGCUUGACAGUAGACACUGUACAUGCUGGAGAUAAUGCUUCUCCUGGUCUUCUGCGUACCCUCACAUUCGCAGGAGGAAGAUGAAGCUGGAAACUGGACUCAUCUGACCACAGAAUCUUCUUCCAAUUCCUGGCUGUCCAGCUCUUGUGUGCUUGAGCCCAACAAUGCCGGGCUAGCCUCUGUCUCUCAUUGAUCAGGAGUUUCUUGACACCCUUGUAGGAGCUUCAGCCAUGAUCUAAAAGUCGUUCAUGUACACUGCAGGUGGAACACUGGACACUAGUUUAGUUUGACCUCUGCUGCUGAAGCUCCUGUGAUGUCAUUUGGCGUUUUUCCUGCAUAUGCUGGUCAGGAUGCAGUCUUGCUGAAGAAACCCUUGGAUGCCCAGAUCUUGGUUUGUCUUCCAGCCUGUUGGUUCAUCUGUAUUUCUGCAGUGUGUAUCCAACUGCUGAAGGACUGCAUCUGCACUUCCUGGCUAUCUGGCAGCAGCUGUUCCAUUCCUGGCUGAAAAUCUGUAUCUUCAGACGUAUUUCCUACAUUAGAUUCCUUGUUUUAGCCAUUUUUGUCUCUGAUGAACUUUCAGAUGUCCUGGCUUUAUGCAGACAUGAAGCACGGCAACACAAAUUUUGUUUUUUAAUAAAAAGCACGACCUUCAUUAGUGGAUCACUGGUACCAAAGUAACCCAAUACCUAAAAUGUAUUAUGUAAUUUUAUAGAACCAAUCAAUUUUAAGUUUUUAAUGGCUUUAUAAGGAUUUGUUGACUAUACUAAAAGAAAUUGCACUUGAAGAGCUUAGAGUGAUUUUUAAUGCAAUAUUUCACAAAUGCAUGGGGGGAUAGAAAACUUUUUUCCACCACUGUACAUUCUAUCGUUCUCUUUGUGCAGAAAGUUGAUCCAGUUAUAAAAAGCUCGGAGGUCUCGAUUGCAGAUGCUGCUGAACUGACAGACUCUGCCGUUCUUAAAUUUGUGCCCUAAAUCUUGCAGGCCUGUCUCUGAACCUGUAGUUUCUGUGUUUGUCUGCAUGAGGGGACGGGAUGGACGGGCGUGGCUCCGUCUCAGGAUCAGAUUUGUGCCACUGCAGCACCGAGGAGGAGGAGGAGGAGGAAAGGAGGGAUUCAGGGAGGGAUGCGAGAAAAGGGAAACCCACUGAGGUUAAAUGUCUGACUGAUAUAGAAGCCUGCUCUGGCCUUGUUAGGAAAAACAAUCAAAAUCAUCGACACCUUUUUGCAUCCUAAUUGAAUUAACCUGCUGUGUCAACUUGUUAUUCGAGGUUUUAAAGGUCUCGGCAUGUCUGGAUCACUGAUUCUUAUGAAGGGGAACAGUUUAGAUGCAAUUCUCAAUGACAAUCAUCAUAUUUAAAGAUCUCAUUGGUAAUAAAUUUCAGCAUUAACAGCCUCAUCCUGUAAUUUUAGCUGUCAGACACAUGAGGCCGCUGAGGAUGAACGUGUGGGAGGGGUGCUUUUGAACUCUGCUCAUUGGUUAAUGUAACGGGCGGCGAGGGAGAGAGGAAGCAUCCCUCCUGGCUGCAGCACAUCCAACCUGCUGAGUCACUUUGCUGCAUUGGAGCGGCGGCCAAUCAGAGCCGUCCUGCUGGAGGACGUUUGUGUUCAGUCCGUAGGUUUGAUUCAUAUCUUCUAUCUGCUCCGGAUCUAUUCGGUCUUUGGGGACAUCAGGAUGUCUCCUCAUCACUGCUGUAUUUUCAUUUUUUCUGCUGUCUGGUGCUCAGUGGAAGUUUGUUUUGCUGUGUUUUGUAACGGAGACAGACCUGUGCAGCAGAGAUUUAUGGACAAAGUGUUUCUGGAAAUAUGACAACAUAAUACUUGUAAAAUAGAACGCGACUAUGGGAUGGUAUUUUGCAUCAAAAUAUACAGAAAUACAAAGUUCCACAACAAACUGAA